AUGUCAGAUGAUUCAGAGAAGAGGAGAAAAGUAAUGUCAAAUGGAUCAGAGGAGAGGAGAAAAGUAAAUGUUGGACGAAUCAGAGGAAAGGAGAAAAGUAAUGUCAGACGAAUCAGAGGAAAGGAGAAAAGUAAUGUCAGACGAAUCAGAGGAGAGGAGAAAAGUAAUGUCAGACAGAUCAGAGGAGAGGAGAAAAGUAAUGUCAGGCAAAUCAGAGGAGAGGAGAAAAGUAAUGUCAGACGAAACAGAGGAGAGGAGAAUAGUAAUGUCAGACGAAUCAGAGGAGAGGAGAAAUGUAAUGUCAGAUGGAUCAGAGAAGCAGAGAAAAGUAAUGUCAGAGAAUCAGAGAAGCAGAGAAAAGUAAUGUCAGACAGAUCAGAGAAGCAGAGAAAAGUAAUGCCGGACGGAUCAGAGGUGAGGAGAAAAGUAAUGUCCGACAAAUCAGAGAAGAGGAGAAAAGUAAUGUCAGACGAAUCAGAGAAGCAGAGAAAAGUAAUGUCCGACGAAUCUGAGAAGAGGAGAAAAGUAAUAUCCAACGAAUCAGAGAAGAGGAGAAAAGUAAUGUCGGACGAAUCAGAGAAGAGGAGAAAAGUAAUGUCAGCCUCGAACGUGAAGAUAGAGAUUUUGAACCAAGGCUGA